GUUGCUCCUGCUGUACGACAAAUCAUCUUUCUGUCCACCAGUUCGUACCUUGGAGGGAAAACAUCUAAUCAAGUGAUCUACUGUCUCACAUCGCAGGAUGUGGACCAUAGACUGGGUGCCUUUUUAUACCCAUUUUUAAUGCGUUUCCCCAAUUGCAAUAUGUACGCUUAAUUGUCCGUUGGAUGAAAAGUAAAAACAUUGCAAAAAAAAACAUGUGGGAUCGCGUAUUGCUUUCCAGAAACCUCCAUUAAACAUAUCCCUAUAACCCUUGGACCAAAGCACAUUUCCUUUAAAAGCUUGUUUCCCAUUGCCCCUCGAGUUAUUUGCUAAGUUUUAAACAAUUGAAGAAAAAUAUUAAAUGUCUGCCCUAGAGUUGUCGUUGUUUGCAUGGCAUCGAUAGCAGAGAGCCCCCAGCCACGGCGGCAACCCUACGCGCACACGCAAACCUAUCGAAAAUUUUUACCCCACGGUCGAUAAAAUACUUUCGUUGCUUUUUUCAAUAGUCGUGUACGAAAAUAAUAGGAAAAAGCAAAUAGUAGGGAAAUAAAUAGGGCAGAGUGUACCCAGUGCCCAGUGGAGUGUUUUGUUUUCCGUGGAGUACGGAUUAUUGUGCAACGGAUCGGUCCAGCGGAAAGUGCAAAUAUGCCCAGUACGAAAAAGUGGCCAGCAAAAGCAAUAACAAAAUAGCAACAGCAACGUGUGUGUCUUGUAAGCAGCGAAAAAGUGCUCGUGUGUGCGUGUUUGCGUGUGUGUGUGUUUUGGGGGGUGGUCUGUGUGUUUCGCCCGUCCCGUGUCCAUAAAUUAGAAUCGAACCAAAUCGAAAUCGACAUUGAAGUCCGCUUCGCCACCGCGAUGUCCGUCGACCAGGAUCAAUAACAACCACCAGCAACGGACCAUUAAUUUCUCCAUAGCGAGAGGAAUCAAAAUUGGUAUCGGAAUCUGAACCUGAAUCGGAGGAAUCACGCGCCACAUCAAACCCAAUACGGAAAACGGCUGAAAAAUACCCCGCAGUAGCGUAGUCGGAACCCCUACCACCAUCAUCAGCGAGGAGCAGGAGAAGGAGAAGGAGAGGUUACCACCACCACUACCGCAAAGAUUGGGUAAAGCGCGCCAGAAUGGUGAGUACCAAUCUGGUGGUGCCGGUGGUGCUGUGGGGACCCACAGCGCCCACGCACUGCAUCUCGAGCGUGUUUCUCUCGGACGACCAGUUCACCCUUGUCACCGGCUGCUACGACGGACAGAUCUGCCUGUGGCAGGUGGAGCCGACCACCCUGAAGAUGUCGCCGCGCUGCCUGCUGGUGGGCCACUCGGCCCCGGUUUUGUGCCUGGUGCGAGCUUCGCUUCUUCCGGAGAACAACUUCCUGGUCAGCUCGUCGGAGAACGGUGAGAUGUGCACCUGGGACCUCACGGACGGCAAGUGCAUGGAGGCGGUCAAGCUGCCGCAGGUGCACACCCAGAUCCAGAGCUACCACACGGCGAACAGCGAGGACGUGCGCCUCUUCUGCAUUGGCUACUAUGCCGAGAUCAUGGUCAUGGACCCCUUCAGCCUGGAGGUGAUCUACGUGCUCAGCUCGAAGGUCAAGCCGGACUGGAUCUCCGCCAUCCACGUGCUGCGUCCCAUGCGCCGCAAGGACGACGUGGUGCUGGCCAUCACCACAACCGGCACCGUGAAGGUGUGGACCCUAACGGGCAACGAGAACAAGCACGCGGAGCCCAUCUACGAGAACGAGUCGAAGGAGAUCCGCUGCCUGAACGCCAUCACCAUGAACUGCUGCGCCCAGAACCAGCGCACCGUGCUCCUCGUGUGCACCAAGUACUGGCAGAUCUACGACGCCGGCGACUUCACCGUCCUCUGCUCGGUGAUCGCCCCGGCGCGGGAGCGCUGGCAGGGAGGCGACUUCAUCACCUCGGACCGGGUGAUGCUCUGGACGGACGAGGGCAAGGGCUACCUGUACAAGCUGCCCGCCAACUGCAUUCCGGACAACAAGGAGUUCCACUCGAAGAGCGUGGUCAGGGACGCUCCGUACCUCUACUACGUGCUGCAGCACGCUGGCGACAAGGUGCUCUCCUGCCCGCCGGCCAUGAAGCUGCUCCAGGGCACCGGCGGCCAGCACAACCUGCUGCGCGGCGACUCCGAGGGCUACAUCUCCGUGUGGAAUGUGCCGGAGGUGCCGCUGGACAACAUCAGCAUACUGCAGGCCAAGCAGAUGCCGCCGCGCGUCCUCAAGCCGCACGUGUGCACCUCCCUGGUGGAGGCGUGGUCCAUCAUGGAUCCCCCGCCCGUGGGCAUCCUGGACCAGUUGUCGCGCAUCACGGAGUCGCCGGUCAAGCUGACCUCGAGCAUCUACCUACCGCAGCAGAGCCGUCUGGUGAUCGGCCGCGAGGACGGCAGCAUAGUCAUCGUGCCGGCCACCCAGACGGUGAUGAUGCAGCUGCUGGUGGGGAUCAAGCAGAACUUCAGCGACUGGCCCUCGCACCAGAUCCUCUACGGUCACCGCGGCAGGGUCAACUGCUUGCUCUGUCCCUCGAUGGUGCACUCGCGGUACGAGAAGUCGCACCUGCUCUCCGGCGGCAUCGACUUCGCCGUCUGCCUGUGGGAUCUGUACAGCGGCAGCCUGCUGCACCGGUUCUGCGUCCAUGCCGGCGAGAUCACGCAGCUGCUGGUGCCGCCGGAGAGCUGCAGUCCCAGGAUCCUGAAGUGCAUCUGCUCGGUGGCCUCGGACCACUCGGUCACGCUGGUCUCCCUACAGGAGCGCAAGUGCGUGACGCUGGCCAGCCGCCACCUGUUCCCGGUGGUCACCAUCAAGUGGCGUCCGCUGGACGACUUCCUCAUCGUGGGCUGCUCCGACGGCAGUGUGUACGUGUGGCAGAUGGAGACGGGCCACCUGGACCGUGUGCUCCACGGAAUGCUGGCCGAGGAGGUGCUCUCCGCCUGCGAUGAGCAGGCUGAAGACGGCGGCUCGGGAGGCGGUGGCGGCGGAUCGAACGGUGCCUCCGCCAGCGAGAUGGGCAUGGCCAAUCCGGCCGUGCACUUCUUCCGCGGCCUGAAGUCGCGCAACAUGAACGCCAUCCGUCACGCCACCCAGCGCGGGAUCAACCAACUGCAGCAGCUCCAAGGCCACAACCAGGGCAACUUCGACUUCCUGAUGAAGCACCGCAGCAACCCCCUGGUGAUCCAGGGCCUCCGCACCAAUCCGAAGGACGCGGAGAGUCACAUCCUCUUCUUCGACAUCGAGGGAUUGAUCUUCGAGCUGCACAGCGAGGAGUACGCACAGAUGACGCCGGCCACCUUGGAGGCGCUCGGUGUCCACCUGCAGAACCCCAAGGACGGCAAGUCGAUGCAUCUGGAUGCCAGCAAGAAGAUUGGCGACUUCUUCAGCAAGGUCAAGAACAAGGCGGUGGACGUGGAGAAGAUCCUGAAGGACAAGGACAAGCACGGACUGGUGCAGAAGUUCAAGGAGAAGACGGAGAUCGUGGAGAAGAAGGUGCAGGCCAAGGUGGAGAGCCUGCAGAAGGCGGUGGAGCCGCACGAGGAGCAGCAGGACCUGAAGAGCAAGAUCGCCUCCAAAAUGGAGGUCACGCACGUGAUGGAGGUGGCCCAGCUGCUGCUCUCGCUGCUCCACUCGUGGGGUCUGGACCCGCACCUGGACAAGAUGUGCGAGACGCGCCUGGGCCUGCUGCGCCCCAUUGUGCCCAUCUCCUAUGGCGUGCUCUCCAAAGCCGGAUACAUGUCCCUGCUGCUACCCACGUGGCAGAACAACUACGCCAUACCGCCGGGCAUCCAGCUGCCCUCCAGCUCCAAGAAGCGCCCGCUGCCAGAGGAGCUGCAGCGGCUGGAGCACCUCACCGCCGUCUUCACGUCGCGUCUGCACUGGGAGCUGAGCACCACGCUGACCACCAACCACAUCCUCGCCCUGGUGGCCAUGUCGAACACGCUGCUCUCGAUGAGCGCCGCCUCCUUCCUGCCGGACAGCGAGAAGCACAAGAAGCUGCAGCGCCUCGCCCAGCGCACGGACUCGACGCUGAGCAACGAGGAGGAGCGCGAGGAGCUGAUGGCCCACCACGUCUCGCAGAUCAAGCACGCCUGGAGCCUGCUGGCCACCCACCACUGCUUCCUGCUGCCGGACAAGAUCGAGGCCCUGGAGCCGAAGAAGUUCAAGCGUCCGCAGGUGGAGAUGAUGGUCAAGCGCUGGCAGCACCACUGCAUCGAGAUCCGGGAGGCGGCACAGCAGAUCCUCCUGGGCGAGCUGACCCGGAUGGGCAAGAAGGGUCGCAAGCAGCUGGUCGAGAGCUGGGCGCAGUACCUGCCGCUCUACACGCACACGGAGCCCAUCGUGGGCGCCCAGCAGCAGCUGGCGCUGAUCAGUCAGCCGGCGGGCGGCGGAGCUGGCUCCGGAUCGGGUGGGAACGGCGGCGUCGGCGUGGGCGGUUCCGGAGGAGGCGGCGGCGGCAGCGGAGGUCCGGGCGGCAACGUUUCCGGGGGAGACGGCCACCAGGACGAGGACUACGAGGAGGAGGAGGAGGAGAUCAUACGCAAGCCAUCCAGCCUGUCGGAGCUAAAGCGCAAGCAGACCACCGCAGUCAUACUCCUGGGCGUCAUAGGAGCCGAGUUCGGCCAGGACAUAUCGCAGGACUCGCCGAACCAUCGGGGCAGCAUCAGCAUGGCCACGGGCGCCACUCUGGCCAGUGGCGUGGCCGUCGGCGAGCGCAGGAAGUCGAGUGUGGUGGAGGGCUUCGGCAUAGCCAACAACCUGGCGCGGCUCACCUCGAUGGCCCUGGCCCACCUGCUGUACGCGCCGCCGUCUCCGAAGCUGCCCCAGUACACGCCGCUGCGGCGGGCGGCCAUCGAUCUGCUGGGCCGCGGGUUCACCGUGUGGGAGCCGUACCUGGACGUGUCCAAGGUGCUCCUCGGGCUGCUCGAGAUCUCGUGCGAGGGCAAGGCGGUGCCGAACCUGAACUACAAGCUGCCGCUCACUCCGCAGGCGGACGCCUGCCGGACGGCCCGGCACGCCCUGCGCCUGAUAGCCACCGCCCGGCCGGCGGCCUUCAUCACCACGAUGGCCCGCGAGGUGGCCAGGUACAACACGAUGCAGCAGAACGCGCAGUCGAUCAACACGCCGCUCACCCAGUCCGUGCUGCACAAGGCGAAGGGCGAGAUCCUGCAGUGCGUCGAGAUGCUGAUCGACAAGAUGCAGUCCGAGAUCGCCGGCCUGCUGGUGGAGGUGAUGGACAUCGCGCUGCACUGCGUCGACAGCAACGAGCUGAAGAGCCGCGGCCUGGCGGAGCUCUGUCCGGCCAUCUGCAAGUUCAACCAGAUCUCGCACUGCGCCCAGACCCGGCGCAUCGCGGUGGGCGCGAACAGCGGCAACCUGGCCAUCUACGAGCUGCGCCAGAACAAGUGCCAGAUGAUCCCGGCGCACACCCACCCGAUCACCUCGCUGGCCUUCUCGCCGGACGGCAAGUACCUGGUCUCGUACUCCUGCGCGGAGAACCGGCUCUCCUUCUGGCAGACCUCGACGGGCAUGUUCGGGCUGGGCCAGUCGCAGACGCGCUGCACCAAGGGCUACUCCACGGCGCCGAUUCCGGACGUGUCGCGCCUGAACCCGAUGCGCCUGGCCAAGCUGGUGUGGAUCAACAACCGCACGGUGACGCUGAUGCUGGCCGACGGUUCCGAGACGCGGUUCAACGUCUAAGCAGGUGGCGCUGGACGAGCAAGAGGGCGAGAGGAGAUGGAGAUCCAGAUCGAGAUCGAGAUCUCCUGGGUCCUGGGUCCUGCGGGACCUUUAGCAUGUUAUUAGGCAAUCAGCGCGGGCUUCAAAAGCAGCGGAGCGCAGUGGAGGAUGGAGAAUGGAUGAUGGAGGACAAGGAAGAGGAUCGGGAGGCGAAUCAGAGGGAGCAGAAACGACAAAACAAUAAUUAUUCAAAAAUAAAAAACAAAAACAAAAAACAGAAACGUCCUGCGUUUCGUUAAACGUAAUUAAGGCAAAGGAAAACAAAAACAAAGAAAAGCUAAGCAACAUUAGGUCAAAACAAAAACAAAAACAAAAUCGAAAACGAAAGCGAAACAAUUUUAAGGCAAACGGAAAGCUGGCUAAACUAAUGCAAAUGAGAAAAUUCACAACACAUUUUGUUAUUUAUUUAUAUACUUACCCUAUAUAUCUGUAUCUUAUCCGUAUCCGUAUCCGUAUCUGUAUGUAUUUUAAUGUAUUACACGAUUUUACUACGCCCUUUGUUCCCCCUUGCUACGUCCAUUUUAUGUUUUAGUGCUAACGUUUUACCCCUACUCCUUAAGCGCGUGUUUCUGAUUCUGUUUCUGUUCAUUGUUUAACUUCCAAUGCGGAAAAGAACAAAAACUAAAUCCAAAUAUUAAAAGGUAAACAACAAUUAACCAGAUGCAAGCAAACAACCACGCGAGAAACAACAAAGGAAAUUGAAAAAGAUAAAAACAAAAACGAAAAAAACAAAGAAUGAAAAGCUGUUAUUAUCAUUACACAACUAUUAUUAUUACUAUUGUAUGCUACUAUUAUUAUUAUUGAUAUUUGUUAUGCCUAAUGUAUUGUUAUAUAUAUAUAUCUAAAAGAAACCUAAACAAAUGUAUUGAGCAAAGUUACGAAAAGAAAACAAACGGAAAACGAACACUAAAUAUUUAUAGAGCGAUCAGUUUUUUUUUUAACAUUAUAAUUAUUAUUGUAAUUCCUAAAUAUCUUCUUCUUUCGAUAGUAUAUUUCUGCUAAGGCGUGUGUAAAAAUCUUUGUUGUUACAUAUGUGAGAAUUGUAUAGGAAAAUCAGUUUAUAAAAUACAAAACACAAUAUAACACACACACAUACACACAUUAUUUAUGUAUUUCCGGCGGUAAUAUGCAUCGAGCGAAUAAUAACGGUACUCGGGGGCCUAAAAACUAUUUAUCCUAAAUAUAUAAAUAUACCCAACUGAAUUUGCAAUAUGUGUUCGUUAACGUAUUGAAUACAACACAAGCAAACAACACAACACACACACACGUGUACUAUGUGAGAGAGUUAAUUGAAUUUGUGCUUAAUUUCAAUUACGAAUUAUAUAUAUAUUUACAAGCAUAUAUAUGUGAAUAUACAUGCAUACUUAUAUACGAGAUCCUUCAAUCAAAGUAUUACACAAACAAAACGAAACGAAGCAACUACCACAAUUAUGUACGGAGUAUACAACAAAUAAAGUCAACCAAACGUGAGCAAA